AUGGCUCCAAUUGUUAAACGCAUGAGAUAUGAAGCUUGUUUUAAGCUGAAAGUGAUAGCAUAUGCCCAGUCACACAACAAUUGUGCUGCUUCAAGAGAAUACGGUGUAACUGAGAAGAUGGUGCGGGAUUGGAGAUCAAAGGAACACUUACUACGAAGUAUGCCCAGGAAUAAAUGUGCAAUGAGAAGAGGCACUGCACACUGGCCGAUUCUAGAGAAGCACGCAGUAGACAUGGUCCAUGAGCAACCGGCUCCGUACGAAAACCUACCGCCGAUACCCCUUUCGCCAAUUGAGGACGACCCCGUGUGUGAUUAUUACCGCCGGGAGGUACGUGUAUCGGACGUGACUUUACCCGAAGAGACAUCCGGUCCGCGGAAAUGCGUCCGCAUCCGUGCCGACGACCGAGAUGGCAUUUGCGACUUUCCUACACUUCCAUCUCCCGAGAGUCGCGUGGGAGGGAAAUCGAAGCGGCUUCCGCUAGCUCCGCGGCCACGCGGACGAAGCUUCGCCGUUACUACGCCACCCGACGCCUCAUAUAAGAAGCGGGUGUUGGGUGGUGUGUUUGAUGGCUUGUCUGUGGUGGUGGUGUCUAUGUGGACACAACAGUGUUACAUGUUGUACACUUCAACUCAAAAACCAGCCUGGGGUGAAGUGUUAAAUGCGGUGAAUGCUGUUGGUAUAGUCACCCGCAAUGUUACUCAAAUUCGACGGAAGUUUUCUGAUGAUCUUCGUGUUAGCGUUAAGAAAAAAGCAGCACAAGAUAAGAAAUAUGCUGGUGGAACAGGUGGCGGCCCCCAAAUUGAAAUUACAUACACUGCAAUUGAAGAAGCAAUUCUUCAACUAUUAGAUCCAGCCUCUAUACAUGGGAUUCCAGGGGAUGUUGAAAGUGAAGAACCUAUUAAUGAAGAAGAAAGAGAACCAACCCCCGGACCCUCAGGAGCUAGGUUUACGGCUAGUUGUUUCCGAGAGGAAUUUAUGUUUCGGCCCGUUCAAGAGAAAGAUGAUUCUAUAACCCUCAUUCUGAAUGAGGAUAUACAGGAACAUGAUAUCACAGUACCCAUUGUGCAUUUAGAACCUGAAACUUCAGCACCUACAAACAUUCCUGGAUUUUCAUCAUCCGGAACAUAUGAGGUAGAAACAUGUAGUUCAAGCAAUACUCGUCAACCUAUUGCUGCUACCACGGAACAGCGAAGUAGGUCUAGUACCCCUUCUGCCACAGCUGUUAGGUCAACUGUAACUGGUGAUUACACUGAUGAACUGGGUUCAUCUCCAAUGCCAAGUACGAUCAGAAGUGGCAGGAGGCCACGAACCUCUUCUGCCUGAAAAGAUGAAGAUCAUCUUCCAGAGAUGCUUCGUGUUCAAACACAAAUGAGGGACAGUUUUUUACAGCUUGUAGCUAACACCGAGUGCAUAACUUUUGCAAUGCUAUGCAUUGCAAAAGUUAUGCAGUCGAAAAAUCCUAUCCUAUGAUGCUGUGUUUAUGGUAUGUGUAUAUGUAGUUGCUUACUUAGGUAAGUCCUUUACUUUUGGUAAAUGUGUUAAUAGCGUAGUUGAACAGUCAUCAAACACUUAUUAUAAAUUUCCCUUUGAGUGAUUGUUAUGAAGGAAGACGGCAUGUUCAAAAAUUGUGUAACUUUCACUUGCAGCCUAUACUAGUCAUGAAAAUGUAACGAAUAUUUAUCUCUCCAUAAGUUCAUUAAAAUCACGAAGUUAAGUGAAAGACACACAUUUGUUAACUCAUAACAUGUGUUGCAGUGGUACUACGGGUAAUGUUUACCCAGGUUUUGGGUAAAAGUUCCUACCACAUUCAAAAUUAUGUGUUUGAAAACAGGCUCAUGUACUUAUUUUUAUUUUUUAAAGGUUCCUUUAUUUUGUAAGACGUAGUCAAUUUCCAGUUCAACGUGUUUUAUUUAUUAGUUUGCGAAGUACGAUUCAAGUAGGUUGAAACAGAAAUAAUGGUGCAAAUUCACCAACAGCCUACUGUAAUCGCUGCUAUUUAACACACAUUAGUCUCCAAAGCGCAAGUUGUUGCAUUGGUUCUUUCAUAAGGAUGUGCUGUCUCAUGUUACAUUUUAUAGCUUAACAAGCAAAGAGUAUUCUAUUUUUUCUUUAUUACUUAUAGUAGUACAGUAUUGGGUUACAAGUUUCUUUUAAUUUACGGGUAUUGAUGCAGGUAAUUCUAGACAUGAAAAUUAUACUGUAUUCCAUUCUUAAAUCUAAAAAAUUGCAACAAAUAACAGUAGUUGUAUUAUUUUUUCACAACGAUGUGGUGACCCAUGUCAAUUUGUGUAGUUUAAGAUGCAAACAGUAGCAAUAUUUUUUUAUUGUUUCAAUUUCUCAAAAAUGUUUUAUAUAAGGAUUUUUUGUUUCACAAACUUUAGUGCCUUUGGUAUUUAGUAGUAUUAAAAGUAUACUGUAUUGGAAUCAAAUUUGCUCAAGGAUAUAGUACAUAUAUUAUUAAGGUAAAAGAAAGCCAUUUAAUUUCUAUAAAGAAGUUCAUUUUAGUAUGUCCAGUACUGUAUAUUGAAAAUAAAAGUUUAAUCAAUG